UUUGGUGGAUGUGAGUCAGCUCUCUCCAUCGUAAGCUGCGUCUGGGGAGUGAUGACGUUGCAUUUUUGUCCCUCAGGGCUGUAGACCGGACCUAGAGCGUGUCAGCCCUCUGAGUCUCUGUGAUUAAAAAACCAGCAAACCACCACCAAUGGAGCAACGGCAGUGUAUCGUUAAGGUCUCUGCCUCUGGGGGAACUGUGAUGUGAAAUAUCAUUUCCGUAGCCCUGUGUCCGGGCGUUGGAGGGGAGUCUGACGGUAGCGCCGGGAAGCCGGACCACGCUGGGUCCACAGCCCCGGAACGCGCCGCUGUCACCUCGCCUCUGCAGUGCCGCGUCUUCCUGCUGCGCCUGAGAUCGAGGGCCUCGGUGGGGGCCGAAAGGGGACAGAGCAGCGUAUUCCCGAGGGGCUGGAGCUGGCAGCCAGGAGGUGACACGACACCAGGGCUGCCAUGGCUGCCGCUGACAGCUUCUACCUCUUGUAUCGGGAGAUCGCCAGGUCCUGCAGUUGCUACAUGGAGGCGCUGGCCUUGGUUGGAGCCUGGUAUACGGCCAGAAAAAGCAUCACCGUCAUCUGUGACUUCUACAGCCUGAUCAGACUGCAUUUCAUCCCGCGCCUCGUGAGCAGAGCGGAUCUGAUCAAGCACUAUGGAAGCUGGGCGGUCGUGAGCGGCGCCACGGACGGGAUCGGAAGAGCCUACGCCGAGGAGUUGGCGAGCCGCGGCCUCAACAUCGUCCUCGUUAGUCGCAACCAAGACAAGCUGCAGAUGGUUGCUAAGGACAUUGCUGACACCUACAGCGUGGAAACCGACAUUAUAGUGGCUGACUUCAGCAACGGCCGCGAGAUCUACGACCCGAUUCGAGAAGCCUUGAAGGACAAAGACAUCGGCAUCCUGGUGAAUAACGUGGGCGUGUUUUAUCCCUACCCCCAGUAUUUUACUCAGGUCUCCGAGGACACGCUGUGGGACAUCAUCAACGUGAACAUCGCCGCGGCCAGUGUGAUGGUCCAUAUCGUGUUACCGGGGAUGGUGGAGAGGAGGAAGGGCGCCGUGGUCACCAUCUCUUCCGGCUCCUGCUGCAAACCCACUCCGCAGCUGGCUGCGUUUUCCGCUUCUAAGGCUUAUUUAGACCACUUCAGCCGAGCACUGCAGUAUGAGUAUGCUUCCAAAGGGAUCUUCGUACAGAGUCUCAUCCCGUUCUGCGUGGCCACCAACGUGACCGCGCCGGGCAGCUUUCUGCACAAGUGCUCGUGGUUGGUGCCUUCGCCGAAAGUGUACGCGCAUCAUGCCGUUUCUACCCUCGGCAUUUCGAAAAGGACCACAGGAUACUGGUCCCAUUCUAUCCAGUUUCUUUUUGCACAGUAUAUGCCUGAGUGGCUCUGGGUGUGGGGAGCGAAUGUCCUCAACCGCUCUCUACGUAAGGAGGCCCUGUCCUGCAGCGCGUGAGGCUGCGCGAAGGUUUGGGCACCUGCGCCACAGCUCAUGGGAGCCUGCAGCAUUCCGGCGUCUGGAAGAACACAUUUCCCUUCUGUAUUUUAUUUUAUUACCGGGCAGUUAGCAUACUGGUGACUCAUCGUCUGCAGAGCACGCAGGAGACUUCUAGAGGAUGAGGAUGCUGUGGAGAAGCCUCCGGGGCCUCAUCACAUGGAUGGUGCGGAAGUGAACACGGACUGAGGACUGGGGCCCGAGAACUGGUUGAGGGAACCUAAAUUCUGAUGCUUUCUUUUUUUUCCCUGCUAAAGCUGUCCCAAAGCCGUGCGACUUGUGUUGUUCUUCGAGCCACAGCAAUCUGAUGUUGAAAUACAACGUGGCUUGUCAGCUCUCGUAGUUUCAAAUUUUUUUUUUUAAGGGAAAUUAUUUCAGUAGAUGAAUUAUAGUGUCGGUUUUCAAAUGUUCAUCAGGAAAGACCACGUCACAGUGUUAUUUUGUAAGUAAGAUUGCUGGAGUCAUUGGCAGUACAACUCUGUAUCCUACUGUCCAGCUCAGUUCACGUCUGAACAUGCUGUUCUUCAGGCCGUGCUGCACUGGAGACCGUGCGUGUGUGUGUGUGUGUGUGUGUGUGUGCGCGCGCGCGCAUCCGGGCAACUUUAUUUAUGGUUAAAUUACUUUUGAAAAUAUGUCUUGUCAAGAUGGCCUAAGGUGGACCCAUGUGGGCUGUUAUCACUCUAGAUGACUCCUUUUCCUACUGAACAAGCCCACCCGAUCAUGUGUUACAGCUUUGCCAUGUAUAUUACACAUUCUGGUGUUGUGUUUUUUUAAAUCUGCCGUGAAAUUAAUUCACUGCUAGAUUUGGAGCUAUAGUGGUUGACCCUCAGUCAUCGCUUGAUUUAUAAUUACUGUGGAUAAGUAGUGAUUUCUCAGCCCGUGACCCAUUUUAUAACUGAAAUUUAGCCCCUUAGAGCGUGUUGUAUCUGGUUUUCAUGUCCUUUUCUGCGUCAUGUUCUCUUACAGAGGCAUUAUCGGAGUAAACGUCAAGUACUUAAUGGAAUACUAGUUAAAAUAUGGACAAAUUAUGUGUGUGAAAUGAUGUGUGUGUUAGAAGCUUAUUCUUGGUUCGUGUAGUGAGUUGACGCAUUAUAGCGAACGCCCCUGCGGGUGUGAAGGUCGUUAGGCACGACCCCCCGCGACAGGGGUGAGCAGCGAAACCUACUGUGAGCUACUGUUUUCGGCUCAGGUCUUGCGAAGCCAGGCAUUUCUGAGGACCUCUCUCUCGAGAUCGCGACGUGAGUGUGACGGUACACGCAGAGCCGGAAUUUGGGGCCUAUGAUUGUGACGCUGACGCAGAAACUAGUAAAGUGGUUGAAAUCAGGACUUGGACGGAAUUGCUUUCUCCUGAGAUAGUCCAUCGUGAGCCAGGCCUGAGCACGCUCUGACGCCACCCCCACGGUUUCGCCAGUGCUGUGGCCUCCGUAUUUGCAGAUCUGACUCACUCAGAUCGGUGGUUGAGUUCAGAACCUCUUCCACGUACAGACCAGGCCUUCAUCACACAGAAGGGGGACCUGAACAUGUGAAAACCGAGUAGUGGCAUCAUGCAGCGCGGAGCGUGUUGAUGGGAGGCAGCGCGGAAGCCGUCCUCUUGUCCUAUUUGGCAUUGUCCCCACCCAGCAGUUAACUCACUGUCAUUAAGACUAGAAAAAAGUUUGACUUCACGCCACAUUGACCUGAGUGUUAAAUGACAUGUAGUAAGAAGCAGCAACUUGAUACAAAAACACCCUAUUUAUACCGAAGGUGUUAUGUGGUGAGGUACUGAGUCACUGUGGCCUGAUGAGAGUAAGUGAAUCGUGUCUGUGAUGUUUCCAGAUUCUCCGCGUGGCGGGAUGUGUGUAAGAACGCCGCUGCACAGCUUGUGAAAGGUCAAAACGAAGACUCUUCCUUAGGUUUCUUCUUUGAUAAAAUAGUUCUCCCCAGAGCUCAUUUGAGAAUCAUCAUUGGGCCACUGUAGGUCGGAUUUCUUAUGAAUGUGAGAAAUUAAGAACCUCUGAAACAGUCUGUGAACUGAAAAUUUAACAAUAAAAACGGUUGCUUCUGCUUCCUUUGGAAGAGGUUUUGCUCCAAGUAAUUGUAUUUGUAAUGAAGGAGCGAUUCCCCCUCCCCCCCCAGAAACAGCUCUUUUAAAAUUACCAAAAAAUUUAAUCUGUGAGCACCUGUGGUAGUGAUUCAUUAAAAGCUGCUAAUUCAGCAAGAAAACUGUCCAUAACCAUGUAUCUGUUAAGUCUUUCAAAACGACUUAGAUUUUGAUCAUUGACUUUGGCAACAUGGAGAUCACUCUUGGUUUUGCCCCGAGCCAUUUUGUCUGAAUGAAGGAUAGAUUGUAGGGGUUCAGGAAGGAGGGAAAGAAAAAGGGAGACAGAAGGAGAGACGGUUCUUUUGAGGAGUCUUGUUCUGUUUUAACCUCAGUUAUUUAAAAUCUUGUCACAUUUAGGAACCAGAGGGUUAGGUGGUGUCCUCAGUCCUGUCAUCGUGGGCCCUCCGAAACCAAGUCCAGUCUGUCUGUGUGUCUGUCCCAGGACUGGCUCGGAUGUUACUCUUUAAAAUAGCAUUUAGUCUGAAUAAAGAUUUACCCUCCCAUGGAA